AUGUCGUUUAUUCGCAGAUUUGCCUUCUCAAGGAGAGAUCUGAAGCCAUAUGUUGCAGAGUUUCUCGGCACAGCUCUCCUGAUCGUGAUCGGAGACGGCGUGGUCGCCCAGUGUCUCUUGUCCGAUUAUCAAUAUGGCACCUGGCUGUCGAUCAACAUCGCUUGGGCCGCAGCCGUCUGCAUUUCUGGGUACCUUUCUGACCCCGGUCCCACCAUCAAUCCGGCCGUCACCAUCUGUCUGGCCCUUGUUCGUCCCACGCCCGGUCAAUGGAAAAAGCUGCCGGGUAAAAUCUUCGCCCAGGUCCUGGGAGGUUUUGUCGGUGCCGCUUUGGUGUACAUAAAUUAUCGUUCCGCCAUUGAAGCUUGGGAUCCUGAGUAUACUAUCCCCGGAGGAUCGAUUUUGAGUCCCACUGGUCACCACUCUGCCGGCAUUUUCUCGACUUAUCCGGCCGCGCAUUAUUCAUCGAACUGGGAGGCCGCAUUCUCGGAAUGGAUCGGUGCUGCGGUUCUGAUGUUUGGGUCCCUGAGUAUCUCGGAUCCGGCGAAUGGCGCUCGGUUCCAAUCCCAGCAGAUUUCCGUGUUCUUGCUUAUGACCGCCAUCGGUGCCGCCUUGGGCUGGCAGACUGGCUACGCUAUCAACCCAGCUAGAGAUCUCGGCCCCAGACUUUUCUCUGCCAUCGUGUAUGGAAGAGAGGUCUUUAGCGCGGCCAACUACUAUUUUGUGGUGCCAAUAUUUGCCCCGAUUGUUGGCUGCAUUGUCGGUGCCACUGUUUACGACUCUGUCCUUUACGAGGGCGAUGGUUCUCGCGUGACGGAUGCUCUCGACAAGGCUGAGCAGCGCGACGGAACCCUUCGCUUGGACUAA